AUGGGUGUCAACGAGGCUAGCACUGCGUGUACGGACGAUGUCCUCCGAGUCGACAUUUCCCGUCCAGAUCGACCUCACCUCACCAUUGUUGACUUGCCUGGGCUAAUACAUUCUCACAGCAAAACACAGUCUGCCGAAGAUGUCCAGCUGGUACGGUCCCUAGUGCGGAGGUACAUAGAAAGCAGCAGGUCCAUCGUUCUAGCAAUUGUCUCCGCCAAAAACGACUACGCUAAUCAGCUUAAUAAGAGCCUCGUUCCGAUACGCAAGAUUGAUGUAGUCAAAUCUCACCUCUGA